AUGUAUGUGCUCACCGACGUUUGGCCAUACAAGGAUGCCAAGCUCGAGAAGGAAAUCUUGGACGAUGUAUUCGAGAAAUUGGCCAAGGUUGACGAGGAGAACAAGAAAAAUGGCACAUUUACCAAGCAUGCGGAGGACGCAAAGCCCUUCUUCCUCACAAUAGGCCCGUGA